AUGACGCUGUUAAUCAUUGAUAUUAGAAGUUGCAGUCAUGGAGGUGGUGGUAGUAAUAAAAGUCCACUUCCAAGUCCUCCAUCAGCAAAAGGUCGUAAAAAUAUGAAAAAUUUACAAUUGGUUGUUCCUCCUGUGAGAUCUUCCAUAUCAGCUCCAAAUUCUCCGCAAUUACCACCAAACAAUUCCACCUAUUCUGCCUAUUCUCACAACAGACGUCCUUCAACACCGUUAUGCUUCUACCAAAAUAAAGAUGUUGCAAACUCUAAUGCCGCAGAUCCAAUGGCUUUAAUGUCAAAGACUGAAAAUGCUAUCGGUGAAGAGUUGCCAUACAAAGAAGAACCUAUACGUAUAUUGGAUAAUUUAUAUCUUGGUUCUGAAUUAAAUGCUGCAAAUCGUUCAAUGUUAAACAGACUCAACAUAGAAUUUAUUCUUAAUGUGGGUAAAGAGGUAGAAAAUCCUUACUUGGACGAAAUAGUAAACUCUAACACAAGUGAUACAAACACAAGCGACACAACCACAAGUUAUUUCGAUUAUCAACAUUUUUCUUCUUCAAUGUUACCAAAUCCAUCCACGCCUUCUGAUGAUAGUUUCAAAAGUGAUAUACAAUCUCCUCUGCCACAAUUUCAUGAGCCUGCAUCGUUUGUGCCCUCUCCAAUCGAUUUAUUAAGAUCCAAUUCAUUGAAAAAAAAGUCUGCAAUUUCACAACGGAUUCCUUUGACAGUGCCUGCAACAUCCAAACAUAAUAAACAAAUAAAAUAUAAGAAAUUCUUUUGGACUCAUAAUCAAGAAAAUCUUAUAUCUGAUUUCGACUCUGCGUUUGCUUUCAUUAAUGAGGCUCGUUCUGCUGGUAAAAGCAUUCUGGUCCAUUGUCAGUGUGGCGUUUCACGUUCCGCUUCCCUUAUUAUAGGUUAUGUUAUGGAAGCCAAUAGUAUGAAUUUGAAUCAAGCCUAUGAAUUUGUAAAAAAUAGGAGUCCUUAUAUUAGUCCAAAUAUGAGUUUAGUAUAUCAAUUGGUGGAUUUUGAAAAAACUUUAAAAUUAAACAACAACAAUGAAAGCCACAACAAUAGUAAUCGCAAUAGCAUUAAUAGUUCUUUGCCUAGCACACCGACUAAAAGUCAAGCUGAAUCUAUAAAAUCACAUUCUCGUCAAUCGAGUAUAGAAAGUGACUUGCUUCUGAAAAGUCAUCGUCGUAGUAGCAGUAUCCCAAGAACUCAAAUCAAUAACAAUAGUAAUCAUACCACUAAUAAUGGAUUAUUAUCCAUCCAGCCACAUCAAGCCACGGUGAAAGGUAAUGGUUCAGGGAGAUUCCAUGUUAUUACAGCCUCUAUGACACCUACAACUCCAACUGCAUUAUCACCGGCUUCUUCCCUAUCACCAACAAGCAGCACUUCACCUACUACGCCUUCAAAUGAAUUAUCAUCUCCUACUACCAAUAAUUCUAAAUCAAAUAGGUCACCUCUUCCUUCACAUUUACCUUCUACAAACUCGCCACCAUCAUCAUUAACUCCAUCCCAAAGUUUAACAGAAUUAUCAAAACUGGCACUUGCAAAUAGUCGACCAUCAGGUGAAAAUGUGACAUGA